AUGGACAAUCUUGCUAAGAAACGCCUAAUUAUAGAUUUUGAGAGAAUUAAACAAGAUUUUAAUUCAGGAGUGUGUGCUGCACCCAAAACUAGUAAUUUUUUGUUGUGGAAAGGCGUGAUUUUUGGACCGCCAGACACACCAUAUGAAGAUGGUACCUUCAAAAUACGACUGAGGUUCACGAAAGAGUACCCUAUGAAACCACCAAAAGUUCGAUUUGUUUCCAAGAUGUUCCAUCCCAAUAUAAAAGACAAUGGAGACAUCUUUGUUGAUAUUUUAGACAACAAAUGGAGUCCAAUGUACGAUGUGGCAUCUUUACUUCUGGCAAUCCAAUCAAUGUUGAAUGAACCUAACCUAAGUUUCACGGUAAACGGUGAGGCAGCUAAACUCUUCGUUCAUAAUAGAAAAGAAUAUGAAAGAAGAGUUUCUGAAACAGUUCAGUGGUCUUGGUAUCAUGAGAAGGAUAUUGGUGAUGUUGAAAAUGAGAUUGAGGACCAGUAUGAGAGUGACGAGGGAGAAUUACAAGGAAUAAUAUCAUACAGUUUAAAAUAUAAUUCCGUGCGGUAUAUUAGGAGAAAUGAUUGA